AUGGCGGCGAAGCUCGUGGGUGCGUCCACGUCUAAAAUGUACGCGAUGGAGGUGACAAUUAUCGCGCCAACCACCACAAUCACUGACGACCCCGCCAUGAUCCUAGCCGCUUCUUGGAAGUCCGAGUCUGAGGGACGCCCACCGACGUGUGUGCGCCAUCUCCAUCACAUGGCCGCGUCCUUGGGGCUCUCAGUCACGUUCGCUGAUGACAUCCUCGUCAAGUCGCUUCAAGUGUACUUGUUAUUUCUCGCCAGCGACGACCGGAAAAAGGACACUGGGGAAAAAGGUCAAAGUGACAUUGGGGAAAAAGGCGACAUGCAGGCUUGGUCGUGGGGGGACGGCUUUCCUUAUAGUCAGGUCUCGGUCGCCACCGCCGCGGAGUUCGACGGCACGGUGGGCCAACUCACGUGCUUGUCUUCGAAGUUCAACUUCAACGACAUGACCAUGUUGGUCAAAGCGCUCGUCCUCAUCGGGGGGCUGUCGGACGACAGUUGGCUUUUCGAGGUUUUCCCGCCGGGGGGCUUCGUGACGGUGGACUUAGUCUUACCCGCCGACGUGACCCACAUUUCGGCAUCACCAUACACGCAAUCACAAACAACUACAGGAAUAAAGUGA